AUGCAACAACGUGCAAUUAUUAAUGCUCACAAUACUCAUCGAUCACGUGUGUUAAAUCGCACCGACGACCGUCGAACUCAGCACGAGAAUCGAUAUUCCGCCGCGUACUUGAGACCGCUCCAUCGACGCGCGAGCGAGCUGUUCCGUCGCAUGGUGGACCGCCAGCCGGAGGAGGAAGGUGGCGAUAGCCGCAGCGUCCCCGAGCGCCUGGGGGACUUCCUGUACUACACGAGGAGGGACGACGGGAAAGGGUUUCCAAUAUACGUCAGGCGUCCGGUGGAAGGCACGCUCGACGACGAACAAGUGGCGUGCAUGAAAGGCGCCAAGCCAGGCUUCGUGGCACAAUUCAGUUCUACUCUGGUGUCGGCGAAAGUGUUUGACCUGAACGAGGUCGAAGAGCGGGGUCUAGGCGACAUCGGGUGCGGCGAUCGUGGCGGUGGGGGUGGCGGCGACAGCGGGGACGGAAAGGUUACCUCCUUCUACGGCGGUGGAGAGGAAGAAGAAGAGCUCGGUACCGCGGCUCCGACGCCCGCCUUGGGCGCCAUGAAGCUCUCGCCCGACCAGCGGAUGCUUGCGUGCACCCUUUGCAUGGACGGGAGCGAUCGCUUCGUGCUCGCGGUGUUCGACCUCCUGGGAGGGGGAGGGAGAGAAGACGGCGACGGUGGCAAGCGGCAGGGGCCGACCGUGGCCCUGCUGAGGGAGGAUGCCAUGUGGGACGACGUCGUGGGCGUAGAGUGGGGAUCGACCUGGUCACCUCAAGACCUUGCGAGAGGCGGCGGCGGCGGCGGCGGCGAUGGCGCCGGCGGUGGUGAGGGUGGUCUCAGAGACUGCACUCCUGAGUAUGAGCUGUUCUACACGGUACCCGACCAUCUGCGGAGACCGUGGCAGGUCCGUCGCGUCGUCAUACAUCAAAGGACGAGCUCAGCUGAGUCAGCAGGCCGUACAGACGACGCUUGCGGUGGCGGGGGCACGGGGGAAGACUGGACGGUGGACUCUGCCAGCGACCGCUCCGUGUUCGAAGAGGAGGACGACGCCUUCUUCGUGGACGUCGGAAAGACCAAGGACCACUCCUUCGUUGUCAUCAACGUGCACUCCAAGACUACCUCUGAGGUGUACCUACUACCGGGCUCGACGUCGCCCAUAGCCGGGCGUGGGGGUGCCGCCGGAGUCGAGGGGACAGCGGCGACGACGGCAGCUGAUGCCGCGGCCGCCGCCCCCGCUGCUCACGAGCACGAGUGCGCCGGUCCCACGCUGCUCAGGAGAAGGCGCCAGGGCGUGGAGUACUACGUAGACCACUCUGGCGACGCCUUUUACAUCGUAACCAACUCCCCACCGUCGAAGAACGGUGGUGUUGGAGAUAGACACGGGCGAAGCGGAACGCCAAGGUCGUCAGCGGUCGACGCGGGGGAAUACCGCCUUGUCCGGGUGCCCCUGCAGCAGCAGCAGCAGCCGCAGCCGGGGCGGGGGGUAAGAAGGGGCGAUGCCUCCUCCUCCUCCUCCUCCUCCUCCUCCUCCUCCUCCCUGGAAGGCGUCGCCGACGUUCCGUGGGAGGCGGUGCCGUGCGGAAGGCAUCCCGGCACGGUACAAGAGAUGGACCUCUUCAGGGACCAUUGCGUCCUGUACGAGACUUGCCCCGCGUCCGGCUGCCCGCGCCUGAGGGUGGUCCCCCUCGCCCACUCAUCCCCCGCCCCCGCCGCAGGCGGCGACGGGACCCUCCCGUCGCCGUUCGUCGUAUCCCCGCCCAACGCUGGCGGACAUUGCGGCGACAGCGUUGGUGGUAGCGUUGUUGAUAAUAAAAGCGUUAGCGGCAGCCGUAACGCAAGCGGUCUCGUAGAGCAGGGAGCGUCUGCCGCUAGUGCAGCAGCGGGGGGAGCGACGGCGUCGAGCGCCGCGUGUACCCUCAGGCCGGGGGUGAACUCGUGGUUCGAAGCUCGAACCGCGCGAUUCUCACUCUCGUCGCCCACAGCGCCGGAGGACGUGUACGACGUGUGCUUGGAAUCCGGCAGGGUGGAGCUGCUGAGGAGGACAGAGGUGCCGGGUAACCCUCGCUUCGACGGUCGGGACUACAGCUGCUACACCACGCGAAUCCCUUCCCACGACCGUGAGAUGGUGCCGCUGACGAUCGUCCACCGAAGAGGGAUAGAGCUAGACGGCAAGAAUAAGCUCCUCCUUCAUGGGUACGGGUCGUACGGAAUGUCCUUGCCGAUCGACUACGACCCGGCACAAGCUUGCAUGUUGGAGAGGGGAUGGGUGUUGGCGUUUGCUCACGUGAGGGGGGGAGGGGAGCGAGGCAAAGCCUGGCACUCUGGUGGGCGGGGAUUGGACAAGUGGAACAGCUUCUGGGACUUUGAGGCGUGUGCGGAGCACCUUGUGUCCGGGGGGUUCACCAGCCCCUCGCUCAUGGGCGCUCAGGUGAACAGCGCUGGCGGUCUGCUUGCGGGGGUGAUGGCCAACCAUAGACCCGGCUUGUUCUCGGCGAUGGUCAUGAAGGCCCCGUUUUUGGGGGUGCUCUCCGCCAUGCGUGACAGCUCUCUGCCGCUCACCGUCCACGAGUUCGACGAGUGGGGCGAUCCCAACAGCAGCGCCGAGGUCGAGGCGAUGAUUCGGUCGUACUGCCCGUACGAGAACGUCGUGGAGCAGGAGUAUCCGGCGCUGCUGGUGACCACUUCUCUCAACGACAACAGGGUCAAUGUUUGGGAUCCGGCCAAGUGGGUUUCGAGGGUCCGCGCCGCAAACACCGGACAAUCUCCCGUGCUGCUCCGGGUCAGCGAGAGCGAUGGCCACCACGGCCCGGGCAACACCUUGGAUGGCCUCAAGGACUCCGCGCUGGAGAUGGCGUUCUUGGAGAAGCAUCUCAAAGUCUACUAG